AUCUCUGACUCCCUCGUAUAACAAUUGUCUCAUUCACGGCUGCAGCCGUGUAGUAGAGCAUAGGUAAAUCUAUCACAUGAUUGCUUUUCCUGAGCAGAAGGCAAGGCAGCAGCAGCAGGAGCGAGAAGAAGAGGAGGAGGAGGAGGCAGGAGGCAGGAGCCGGGGCUGCAUGUAAACACGCCGCGCACAGGGCUUUGUUUCACGCACACAUAUACUCUGCUGGUAUCCCCCAUCUUUCUUAGUCAUGCCAUGGAUAUUUUGUGGCAAUACCAGUUCAGGAUCAUUUUACUCGGGGAUUCGACGGUGGGGAAGUCGUCGCUGCUGAAGCGCUUCACGGACGGGAUUUACAGCGAUGUAGCGGAUCCGACGGUCGGUGUAGAUUUUUAUGCCCGCUCGCUUGAUAUCGAGCCCGGGGUGAAAAUAAAGCUCCAGCUCUGGGACACGGCUGGUCAGGAACGAUUCAGGUCCAUCACAACUUCAUACUACCGUAACUCCGUUGGCGGGCUACUAGUCUUUGAUCUCACCAAUCGCAAGACCUUUGACCAUGUGAGGGAGUGGCACAAGGAGGUGAGUGAGCACAUCCUGCCUCACCACAUGGUCUACAUCCUCAUUGGCCACAAGAGCGACCUCAACAAAGACCGCAAGGUGAGCCGCGAUGAGGCGGAGCAAUUGGCGGCAGACCUGGGCAUCCGCUACGUGGAGACGUCAGCCAAGUGCAACAGCAACGUCGACCGGGCUUUCGAGCUGCUGACCAAGGACAUCUACGAGCUGAUGAAGAUGGGGGAGAUCGUCACCCGUGACGGCUGGGACGGGGUGAAAAGCGGCCUCACCGCCAAGGUCCUCUACCCGGCAGAGGACGAAGAGGAACUAGCCACCGCAACCGCUGAGAAGGGAUGCCACUGCUGACUGAGAACUGUCCAAACACUCGUCUUGUCACACCAAGAGCUCACCUUGUCUCACAGCUGUCCAUCGAAACCAAGUCACUCAGGCUUAACACUCUUGUCGUAUCACCUUCCAUCACUUCCUCACCUUGUGCUUUGUGCCCUAUCUGUGUGUCGGUUCCUCUGACAACUGGGAUUCUUUUCUAACAGCCACUGUAUAUCCCAAUGUGUACCUUGUAGGCAAGUUGUAUCUCUAAAUUCAUGUGGUGUAGCAUGAGCCAACCUGUUUCGAGCCUCAAUGGGGUUCGGAAAACACAGAAAGCGUGCAGUGGUGAUCAGGUCUUACGGUUUGGAGUGUAGCCAGUCCUCCUUCUUCAUAGCCAUGGAGUUAAUGGACUACUGAAUAUAUUAAAGGUGCAGAUAAAUCCAUGGACUAUGACUUCCUGUAAUCUGGCAUCUAUUGUCGGUUCCUACCUGUCAAGGUUUGUGCAAUGCUUUGCCUGCAAUCUCUUGUGACUGUAAUAUUGUAAAUAAUAGUGAAAUCUAUAGAGCUGAAAGCUAAACAAGUCACUGAAAGCUAUUUAACUGAUAGUGUGAAGACAGAUACAGUGCACACUACAAUAAGUGUCAUCAUAUUAAAUCAAUGUGCUCCUCUUGCUACUGUAAGCUGUAUGUGCACUUACGCCAAACUGACUUUGAUCAUCCUGUGAAUAGAUGAGUAAUGUUUUGUAAAAAAAAAACAAGAGAGAAAAAAAAAUAGAUUAUUUCUAGUUUUAGGUGUAUACAUAAAGAUAGGCCACUGUAAUUAGAGAAGGUGGUCUCAUUUAGGUAUUUGUAUCAUAGCAUCAACAGGAGCAAGAAAACAAGUGUGUCACCUCUCAGCCAUCAGACAUUUAUUGACUUUGUUUAACGAGAACAAAAGGGAGUUUGAAUUUCACUUGCAGCUGUUUGCAAAGACUGCAACAGCUGUUUCUCUGAUUCAAAACUCAAUUCACUCAAAUAAUAUUCCAUUCAGGUCUGAGUGGAUGAUGGAUGCCAACUCAUUACAUGCAAUAGUGUGGAUGUAUGUGCUGCUUGUGUUUAUAGACUUAAUGCUGUGUUCCAGAGGUGUCAGUAGGAGAUUUAGGAGAGUCUGGCGAAAAGUAGAAAAGUGGAAACUGAUUUGUCAAGGCUGAGGAUGCUAUAUUAACGGCUGCAUACACUGCAAAAGCUAAUUAUGAAACCACAGCACGCUGGAUUAAGUUUUUAGCCAAGGGCCUUGCAGCAUGUAUUUGCUGCUAUGACUCAUAUUUCCAAUGAAUUUACAAAAUGCAGGACCUUAAAUAUAGUUCAACAUUUUGCAAUUUGUCUUCUUUCCGAGAUCAUUUCUGCGUGUUAAAGUAUGGAGCUGGAUGAAGGAAGCAAGUAGCCUAUCUUAGCAUUAAGAGUGAGGGCAGGAGUAAUCAGUGAGCCAAAAAUACAAAACUACAUCUACCAAGCAGCACCUCUGAAGGUUAGAAAAUAACACAUUGCACCUUGUGUUGUUUAAUUCAUAUAUAAUGACAAAUGUAAAAUAAAUGGAUGGUUUUGGAAGAAGCUGCAUGCUGUCACUAUUUCUUGAUGAAAACGAGCCAGCCUCAGUGUUGGUGUCUUGGUGUCUUGUGUUGUAAAAUUGUGCUGGUAAAGACACUAAAACCUCACUGACAAUCUGCUGUCCCGCAAUUGCUGAAAACAAAAGUAUUCAUCAAGAAAUAGUUACAACAUGAAACUAAACCUAAAAUUUAAAUUUCAACAUUCCUCUUUGGGUACAAAUUAAACAAAUGUGAUACAUUGUGUUACUUUAUAAUAUUAAGAGGUAUUUGUAGGUGUGUUUUUCAGCUUUCCAAAGACCUACGUUAGCUGUUUUCCACCACUUCCAGUCUUCAUGCCAAGCUACGCUGGUCGCCUUCUGGCUCCAGUUCCACACUUAAUCCUCAGACAUGAAACAGGAAUUAAUCUGACGUCUGAGCAAUGUGAAAGCAAUGUGUAUUUCCCAAAAUGUUGAACUAUGUCCUUAAAUCUAUCAAAAAUGCCUGAAUGGAUUGCCUACAUCCAUUGACUUUCUAGCUGCACUGAAAGUUGCUGAAAUUCUAAUUACUAAGUAGCUUUGACAUAACUGAUUAGGAUUCACCCACGUGACACUACUAACGCCAGCUGUAAUGGAACCUAUCAAGGUCAGCUUCCUGUUCUGAGGUGAAUUCAUGAUGAAUGCAUGUCUGCACGUACAACUUUCAUACACAAACAGUAACAAUAACUACCUUUGACUCAGAGGAUCACACAUACUUACACCAAAUCUCCAGAGGCUUUGGAGUGCAUACGCUAUUAAUCUGUUGUUUACAGGCCUAGAGUGUACAAUAGACGACAGUACUACUCUUUGUCUGGAAACUCACCUCACCUCCCACCACUCAUUCACCUUUCACCAGCAUCUCACCAAAAAAAAAAAACAACCUGUUCACACACACUGUAAACAGCAAGAGAUUAUGCAUUCUAUAGUUUUUACUCUGCAUUCAUGUGACCAAACUGACAGAUUUGUUUGAGUUGAUAAUGGCUGUAUGGGUGAUCCAGUAGAUAUACUGCACGGUAUGUAGUUGAAGUUUGGUAUUUGGUAAGGAAUGUAUUCUAAUGCAUUUGCAUCAACCCUUUAUUGUUACUUUUCAAACUGUACAGUGUUUUUUUUUUUGUUGGUCUGACAAUCAGAUGUUAACAUAUUGUGUUCACAGCGGUACUAUACUUUAAAAUCUAACUAAAUGUCCUUCCAACAUCCAAAAUCACAACUUGACAGAAAGUCUGACUUAAGACUACAACAACCUUUCUCAUGUUUCUUCCUCAUCUAAACAGGGUUCAACUGUAUGAUAUUCUUUGGAUUUGUAUGUCAAUGCUGUGCCGUUUAGCAAACUGUUCUCCACUGAGCAUGAAUCCCAUUCCUGAGCACUCUACAUCAGAAGGGUCCGUUGUACUGCGUGGUGUGAAGAUGGCAGCCUCAGAGCUUCGGAAAAUAUUGGUUAAAUUUAAAGGACAAGACUGGAAAGAUGCCAAGAAGAAAUGGCUUUUUUGAAAGACUGACUCUGUGGGAAGAAAUAAGCUUAUCAACCAUUACUAGACGCCUCCAUAUCAACCAAUGUCAAAUAGUUAGAAAAUGAAAAA